AACAGAAGGAACUAGGAAGAGAAGGAGGAGGAAGCUCAGCCUUUCCCUCCAGUCUUUUCAGAAAGCCAAACAUGGCAUCUUGCAUGAGGAGCUUGUUUUCUGACCACAGCAGAUACGUUGAAUCUUUUCGGAGGUUUCUCAAGAAUUCCACGGAGCAUCAGUGCAUGCAGGAAUUCCUGGACACGAAGCUGCCAGGCAUAGUAGCAAGGAUUGGAGACACAAAAUCAGAAAUUAAAAUUCUAAGCAUUGGCGGAGGUGCAGGUGAAAUAGAUCUUCAAAUAAUUUCCAAAGUGCGGGCUCAAUACCCAGCUGUGCAUAUCAACAAUGAAGUCAUUGAGCCAAGUGUUGAACAGAUUGCCAAAUACAAAGAGCUCGUAGCUAAAACAUCAGACCUUGAGAACAUAAAGUUUGCUUGGCAUGAGGAGACAUCAUCUGAAUAUCAAAGCAGAAUUAUGGAGAAAAAUGAACUUCAGAAGUGGGACUUUAUUCAUAUGGUUCAGAUGCUGUAUUAUGUAAAAGACAUCCCAGCCACCCUAAAAUUCUUUCAUAGUCUUUUAGCUACCAAUGCUAAGAUUCUCAUUAUUCUUGUGUCAGGAACCAGUGGCUGGAACAAACUAUGGAAAAAGUAUGGAUCUCGCUUACCCCUGAAUGACCUCUGCCUGUAUGUUACAUCCUCUGAUCUCAUUCAGAUGCUGGACGAUAUGGGAGUUAAGUAUGAGUGCUGUGACCUUCUGUCUACCAUGGACAUAUCCGAUUGUUUUAUUGAAGGCAAUGAAAAUGGAGACUUCCUUUGGGAUUUCUUGACAGAAACCUGCAACUUUACCACAACAGCGCCACCUGAUCUCAAGGCAGAAAUUAUGAAAGAUCUACAAGAACCUGAAUUCAGUAUAAAGAAAGAUGGAAAAGUGCUUUUCAAUAAUAGUCUGAGUUUCAUAGUGGUUGAGGCAUAAAUAACAACCACAACAGUAUCUAAGUCUAUUCAAAAAUUAUAUUUUGAACAAUGUUGGUCUCUCAUUUCAGUAUUUAAACUAUAUAUAAUCAUUAAUAUAAAAUGUUGUUGUUUUUACAUGUGAAAUUCAGUAAAUUUGAAGACAUUUUAGUAUUUCCUUGUGUAAUAAUGUUUUGUCUGAUCUCAUUCCUCCUCUAAGAGACAACAAGCUGGAUAAAUACCAGCUAAGGUGGCUAAGUGACAAGACUAAGAUUCAUUGGCCUAUUAAAAAAAAAGAGAGAAAAUCCAUUUUAUUUAUUGUACUAGUAUCCCCAGCAUACCAAUAAAGUAUGGCUAUGAAUUUUUUAAAUAUCAGUAUAGAAUUAAUGGUGAUAUGUUCAACGUCAACAAAGCAUAUGUUCAUUGAGUUUCCCCCCAUUGUCUUUUACUUUUUUCCCUUCUGAUUUAUUUUUUAUUCAUUAUUAAACAUAAGCAAUUUUCAGAUACUACAAAAUCAA